UACGUGCCAUAAGUGAUCGAACCAUGAAAGUGCUAGGAGUUUUGCUUAUUUCGGCCUUGGCCCUGGUGGCUGCCGUUGAGAAGCCCGUUCCCUUCAAGGAUAUGCCGGUGGGCAGGAAAUUGAGCGGAAGAAUCACCAACGGAUAUCCUGCGUACGAGGGCAAGGUACCCUAUAUUGUGACUCUGCUGUUCGACAACGGCGCCGGCAGUGGCUGGUACUGCGGUGGCUCGAUCAUUGGCAACACCUGGGUCCUGACCGCCGCCCACUGCACCCACGGGGCCAACUCCGUGGCCAUUGGCUACGGCGCCGUGUGGCGUCAGCAGCCCCAGUACACCCAUGUGGUGCAUCAGAGCAACUUUAUCCAGCACCACGCCUACGACACGCGCACCAUUAACAACGACAUCUCGCUGAUCCGCACUCCGCAUGUGGAGUUCUCGUCGCUGGUCAACAAGGUGGAGCUGCCGCGCUACGUGGAUCGGUACAAUAACUACUACGGCUGGUGGGCCCUCCUCUCCGGCUGGGGCAAGACAUCCGACGAGGGUGGUGUCUCUGAUUACCUCAAUUGCGUGGACAUUCAGAUAGCCGAUAACUCCAUCUGCGAGGCCCACUAUGGCACCACGACCAUCACCCCGAACCACGUUUGCAUAGCCACACCGGAGAACAAGGGCUCCUGCAGCGGUGAUUCCGGUGGACCCCUUGUCCUUCACGACGACAACCGCCAGGUGGCCAUCGUUUCCUUUGGAUCCUCUGCUGGGUGCUUGUCUAACAGCCCCAAGGGAAUGACCAGGGUGACCAGUUACUUGGACUGGAUCAAUGACAACACCGGCAUUUCCUACUAAGGCCUUAAUCGGUUUGAUAAUUAAAUAAAAUGAAUUGAAUGAAUUGAAA